AUGCGUUCUAUUCAUAAACCAUAUAGCUCAUUGCAGACUGUCUUUUUCAUGGGCACAGCAGUCAAACAUAGUUUUAGUGAUAUUGAUGAAGUCAAAACGAAUUCAGACGAAGAAAAAACUAGAUUUCGUUUAAUAUUUUUGAACCCGCAAUUUAAACAUAAAUCAUGCACUUACUUACAUAGUAAAUAUAUUAUAAAAUCAUUAAUAUUCUAAUUUUAAUUUUAAUUAUUUUUUAAUUUACAUGUAUGAUUUAUUUUAAAUAAUAUUAUAUUAUUUUAACUAUAUAUGUAAUUAAAUAUAUAACUAGAUUUUGACCUGCGAUUACAUAUAUUGUUUUUGAUUUAUUUUUAAUAAUUAUGAAAUUUGGGUUUUGAAUCGUAUAAUUGUGUUUUUAUGUUUAUAGGUUUGUUGAUGUUUUAUUUUGUAAAAGUGAGUUUUUUUUGAAAUUAUAAGCGAAAAUGAUAUGUAUGUUUAAUCGAUAGUGCUGUUAUUUAAUAUUAACAAAAGAGUUAUCUAAUCAAAUCAAAAAUUUAUCGUAUAAAACAUAUGAAUUCAGCAUAUUAUGUAUUUAAAUGUUAAGGUAUAAAUUAGACUUCCAUUUCCAAAUUAUGAUAUAUGAACUUCAGAUAAUCUAACUUUAAUUGAGUUUCAGUUAACAAACUCUGGUACAUAUAAAUGGACAAAUAAUAAAAAAAAAAUUGUGCAUGUGGCUAAGAUUCGAUAUUAAUAUGUACAGAAAACGUGGGUCUAAUAAAGAAGAAGUAUUGAGUAAAUUAUUGUUAGAGAAAUAUAUGGUAACAUAUUGUUAGUAUAAAUUUAAGUUAAGACUAAAAUAUUAGUAAUCUAAUGAAAGGGUGCAACAACAUUUUUUAAAUAGUUUUUUUAGGAUUUCUUCUCUUUUAAUAGUAUUGAUAUCUAGUCAAUUUGAUUAUUAUUUGGGUAUAUUGAAUUGUAUCUACUUCUCUAAGAAAUCACCAAUGGUUCAUCAUAUUUUUCACUCUAUAAUAGAGUGGGAAAUAGAUUGAUGAACAAAUAAAAACAAGUUACUCCUAUAUAUAGAGUAACCCAUUUUUUACUCUAUUAUAGAGUGAAAUAGAAUACCAUUAGAGCAUUUUUAUUAUAAACUCUAUUUUUUUUUGUUUUUUGAAAAACUCUAAACUGUAUUUUAUAGUAAAAAAUAGAAUGAGUUGGAAAUACCCUAACUUUAACCAUAAUAUUUUUUAUGCUGAAAUAGCUUAAAAUUUUGAUUAAUUUUUUUUUUUUUUUUGCAUUUAGACUUUUGAUUUGGGCAUAAAAAUUUAGAUUAUAUAAGUUACUCAUUUUGUAGGUUAUGUUGUAUUACACACAUUUUUCUAAAUGGAAUCACAAUUACUUUUGAUUCUAGUUUGUAAAACUAAAUUUGAUUAGUUUUAUUUAUUUCACUAGUUCAGUUUUCUAUCUUAAAUAUGUGUAUAUAUAUAUCAAUAUAUAUAUAUAUAUAUAUAUAUAAUUUCGUAAAUUAUUUUAUAUAAUUUGAUAUUUUUUGGAUUUCUAAAAUUAGAAGAAAAAACUAAAAUGAUGAUAAGUAUGACGUUUUAUAAACAAACAUUACUGGAAAAAAAUUUAUAUAGAAAAUGCAAAUCAAACUUAAAAAUUAAACAAAAACAAUUAUGAAAAAUGAAUAAACAUCUCAAUAGUAGCAAUUAUAAAAUAUUUAUAGUUAACCAAUGAUAUUUUAGUAUAUUUUACUUGAAUAAAUUUUUGUAAUAAUUUGAAAAAAUAGACUGAUAUAAAUAAAUUAUUUUAUUAAUUCCGAAAUAUAUAUUAUUUUAUUUAAUAUUGUGUUUUAAAGAGAUGAUUAUAUUUGUAACAUCAAAACUGUUUUUAUGAACUUUUCUUUUAUGAAAUCAUAUUAUAUAAAAUAUAUUAUCCUAAAUUAUAUUUUCUUUCCUUUUUAAAUAUAUUUUUUUGUGAUAUGAAUAUUUCUUUUUUUGUUAUAUAUGUUAUUUGAAAAAAUAUAAAAAUAAAUUAAAAUUUAAUUGUCAUAAGUUAUUAAAUAGUUUUUAAUAAUGGAAUAAGAUAUAAUAUUUUAACUUGUUAAGUGUGUUUCUGUAAUUAAUCAUCAUAAGAAUUAAUGUGAGUGCGACACUUAAAAACUGAUUUCUCAAAUCAUAUUAUGUAGGUCCGUAUCACACAUCCAUCGAUUCAUUCAUUCUCAACACAUAAAUGGUUUACCAUUUAGCAACCUAACAUCAACUAGGUGUUUUUCAUCACUUCAACACAAGUCAACAACUAGAUCUAACCAUUCAUCGCACCAGUAAGAUCAACAAUCAAAACUUAGAAAAUAUUUAUAAGGGACUAAUGCCCCGAAGUACUACGAGACAUGAAAAGAGUUAACAAUUGUGUUCUCACCUUGGCUUUAUUCGACGUCGCGAAUCGAGAUUUAGAAGAAGAAGAAGAAGAAGAAGAAGAAGAAGAAGAAGAAGAAGAAGAAGAAUGCAACACCACUACCACAGAUAUGUACUCUUAAGCUCAAUAGAAAAUGAGAAAAGAAGAAUGGAGAGAAAGAGUGUAAAUACUUAUUUUUUAGAUCUAAUGAACAACAAUAGAACACAGUUGAGAAAGAAGCAAUCAGCGGUAAUCCGUGCUGGUCUAAAAAGCGACAAACGGCAGCCUGAUAAGGUGACAGAUUGGCACAAGGAGAGAGAUGAAGAAAAAAAAAGAGAUAUUUCUGACGGCUAGGGUUUCUGGGUCUCAAGAGUUUUUGCAAAAUUUCAGUAGAUUUUUUUGAAUGGGAAGAAUAUAAGAUUUUCUUAUUUAUAAUAAAAAUAGGAGGAGAAUUCUAUUUAACUUAAUGGGCUGUAUUUUUAAUGGGCUUUCCCCAUUUGUUUUUGAAACAAAAGGAAGUGAGGUCUGAGUUGGAGAUGUUACAAAUCUCCCCUAUUAUCUCUUACCCUUGACUACUUGAAAAACCUAAUCAGAAACAAAGCCCACAAUAGGAUUGUUUAUUGAGAAAUCGGCCAAAAAAACACUGAACUUUUCAGGAAUUGCCAAAAGAAACCUGGACAUAUGGGCUAGCCAAUAAAAUCCUGAACUUUUGUUGACUUUUCGGGUUUAUUAAGAAACUUACGAUUGACUGACCAGAUAAACACACCGUUAACCGAGUUAACUGUUAAUUAAGCGGACGUUAAUUUUGGGUGUUAAAGUAUACGACGUCGUUUCAUCACUUUGUCUGAUUAAAGACAAACGACGUCGUUUAUAUAGCUGUGUUAUUAAAAAUGAGAAAUCGGCCAAAAAAACACUGAACUUUGCGGGAAUUGCCAAAAGAAACCUGUACUCGAACCAGACCAAUAAAACCCUGAUCUUUUGUUGACUUUUUUAGUUAAUUCACAAACUUACGGUUGACUAACCAAAUUAACACACCGUUAACGGACAGUUAAGACAGUGUUAACUCACCGUUAAUUACUGCGGUUUAGUGAAACUACGUCGUUUCAUUCAGUUGUUUUGUUAAACACAAAAUCUCAAGACGACGUCGUUUUGCUUAAUUAAAAUUGUUGUUGCCUGGACUCGAACCCGUGCACUCGUGGUCGUAAGGGGGUAUUGCCACUGAGCUAGUGGACUUUUCGGAAGGUUAUCACACAUGUUUAUUUUUAUUGAUCAAAAGAUGUGUUUGAUUGCAAUCAAACAAAAUGAAACCCGUGUUUGAACGUAACCCUAAGGAUUACCCAUGAGGAGCAUUUUGAUAAAAUCUGGGAUUACCAAGCAGAGAUAUUGAGGAGCAAUCCUGGAUCAACCAUGGAAAUUGAAACCAUACCAGGAGCCACGGUUGGAACCAAGCAGCGGUUCUACAGACUCUACAUGUGUUUCCAAGCACAAAAGGAAGCAUGGAAGAAGAUUUGUAGGCCUGUUAUUGGCUUAGAUGGAGCCUUUUUGAAAUGGGACAUCAAGGGACAGUUGUUGGCUGCGGUUGGAAGAGAUGGAGACAAUAGAAUUGUCCCUAUUGCUUGGGCUGUAGUGGAGAUAGAGAAUGAUGCAAACUGGGAUUGGUUUGUGAAGCGUUUGGCCUUGGAUUUGGGAUUGGAAAAUGGGAACGGCUUUGUUAUAAUGUCUGACAAACAAAAGGGAUUAGUGAAAGCAGUUCAUACCCUCCUUCCAGAAGCUGAGCAUAGACAGUGUUGUCGCCAUAUCUACGAGAACUGGAGGAAAGGUGGAAAAGAUCUAAGGUUACAUAGGUUCUUCUGUAUUUAUGAUUUCGCCCAUUUAGGGUUUAUACCAAUCGGAGGAGAAAACGCUAUCGUUUCUUUUUGAUUCAUUUAACUCGGAUUCAAAGAGAAUAAAAGAAACUGUGUUCGUAUAUCCAUUGCAAAGUCCACUAGCUCAGUGGCAAAAACCCCUACCAUUAAACCCGAGUGCACGAGUUCGAGUCGAUGGAACCCCAUCUUUUUAAUUAAAAAGUUAAUGUAAAACGCGUCGUUUCAUUAAUUUGUCUUUAACUCGGAUUCGAAGAAUAAAAGAAAUUGUGUUCGUAUAUCCAUUGCAAAGUCCACUAGCUCAGUGGCAAAAACCCCUACCAUUAAACCCGAGUACACGAGUUCGAGCCGUAGGAAACACAUAUUUUUAAUAACACGGCUAUAUAAACGACGUCGUUUGUCUUUAAUCAGACAAAGUGAUGAAACGACGUCGUAUACUUUAACACCCAAAAUUAACGUCCGCUUAAUUAACAGUUAACUCGGUUAACGGUGUGUUUAUCUGGUCAGUCAAUCGUAAGUUUCUUAAUAAACCCGAAAAGUCAACAAAAGUUCGGGAUUUUAUUGGCUAGCCCAUAUGUCCAGGUUUCUUUUGGCAAUUCCCGAAAAGUUCAGUGUUUUUUUGGCCGAUUUCUCGUUUAACAAAACAACUGAAUGAAACGACGUAGUUUCACUAAACGGCAGUAAUUAACGGUGAGUUAACACUGUCUUAACUGUCCGUUAACGGUGUGUUAAUUUGG